AUGACGGAAUCCUCGAUCUCUAUCGAGUCUCACACGCUGGACCUCCCCCCGAGCUGCAUAGAAUUCUGCCCAGGGUAUCCGGACUACUUCUGCGUUGGCACGUAUAACCUCGUACAGGACGAGGCACGGGCGCAGGGCGACGUAUCCCGGCCCCAGAACCGCAAUGGCAGCAUCGUGCCAUCGGCAAUCUUAGACCUCCAUUUCCAACAACUGACAGGCAAACAAGACGUGUUCGCCGUGGUUUCCAGCACAGCGUCCCUGUCAAUAUUUCGACUGACGCCCUCGGCACCUGGCGGACGCACCGUGGAACUUAUCAGUGUAGCUAGGGUUGAUGGCGUCGGAGAGGACACCUUAUUCCUGGCAUGCGCCUGGCACCCCUCGACACCCAAUAUUAUUGCCGUCUCCACGUCAUCCGGGGAGGUUUACAUCAUAGCCAUCAACACGACCAAGCAAUCAACUGUUGUCUCCAAAAUUCCCGCCAUAACACACGACCUGGAAACUUGGGCGGUUGCGUUCUCCCCGCCUGUAUUCGUACCCCUCCAAGCGCUGGAUGGCAGCAAUACUGAAACAUAUAAUGGGCAUGGUGGUUUUAUUAGCACCCUUUACUCAGGGAGCGACGAUUCCCUACUGAAAUACACAUGCGUUGUAAGCCCACAACCAGUAAACGGCAGUGAGGUCUCACCCGGCUUUCCCACCGGUAUAUGCAAGCUAACGGGGCACAACGCCGGCGUGACGGCAAUUUUACCUACGCCCAUUAUGAGUCCCGACGGUGGGCGCGUCGUGGUGACGGGAAGUUACGACGACCACGUACGGGUGUACUCGAUCCUCGACCCUGCAACCACCGGCGGAAUUCGUCGCGUGUCAUGCCUUGCUGAGCAAUGCCUAGGUGGGGGUGUCUGGAGAUUGAAACUGGUUUCCCACACAACAGAUGAUGGAACUGGAUGCUGGGGAUUGCGUGUGCUAGCGUCAUGCAUGUACGCAGGUGCACUUGUGAUUGACAUAUCCGGCAAUGCGCCUGGCAAAUGCCAAGUCAUGGUCCGGGCCCGAUUCAAGGAACACAAGAGCAUGAAUUACGGUAGCGACUUCCAACAACGUCAGUCACUGCUGUGUAUCUCCACUAGCUUCUACGACAAACUUCUCUGCCUGUGGGAAGUCAAACAACGUUGGCAUGGAAAUUUGAAUAGUAGCGACUGUUAUUCGGCCAACCUUGAGGAUUAUUUGCCAUAG